AUGGAAAGAAGAUUAAUACCAUCUGAAAAAGAUAAUUCAAUUGAAGGAUGGAAUAUUAAUUCGGGACAUAAUAAAUUACAACUUGAUAUUCAUAUUACUUUUCAUAAUAAUUUUCAAGAUAAAUUUAAAUUAGUGGGAUUAGAAGCAGUAUCUGAUAAUAAACACGUAGUAGUUAGAGUAAGAAGAAAUAAUAAGAAAGAUCCCGUAAACUUUGAAAUUAUUAAUAUGAUGACCAAACGUUUGAUUUACGCGAAAGCUCCUAGUAUUGAUAAAUUUGCGUCAUAUAAAUGGUCAUAUCAAAAGAACGGAGAUUUUAUAAUAGUUCUUAAAGAACCUAAAUAUCGAGCAUUCAUCUUUUCUACUACCACUCAUACAUAUAAAUUGAAAAAUAUGAUUGAACUUACCAACUUUGAUAAUUGCAUAAUAACUCUUAACGGAAAACUCUUAGUUAUUACUAAAAGAGUUAGAUAUGUUCUAAUUCAAUGGGAUUUGGAAAAUUUAGAAUUUGAACAACAAUAUAUUUUGGAUUGGCCUUUAAAACCUAGUACAAUUGAUGUUCAAAUGAAUUUUGACGAAACUUUAUUGGCAGUAACUGGAAAGUCACCAAAAGACUAUCCUAUUAAUGAUUUUAUUGAUAAAAUUUAUGUUUAUUCUACCGAGAGAGGAGUACUUUUGAAAAAAUAUAUUUACGAAGACGAAGUGACCGUAAAUAAGGUAUACUUUAUUGCUUCCAAAGUAGGUGAAAGAUUACUCAUUCUUUCUAGUGAUGAUACAAAUCCCAAUCGAUGUGAAAUGAUGGAUCCUUAUACUCUCGAGAAUCCUGUAGAUACUCGAAUUCUAUUCAGACAUUCUGAAGAAUAUUUUGAUCCUUUCAUCGUUAAAGAUGAUGAUGUAAUUGGUGUAAGUGAAGGUCAACUUUGGAUUCAAAGUUUAAUAAAAGAUGAUUGGAUCAAUUAUCUAAGAAGUGCCUUGAAGGAUUAUAAUGAAAUUAAUUCACCUUCCAAUGGACCAAUCUUAGAAAAAAUGAUUAAAGAUGCUAGUGAAAUCUUUAAAUAUAAAUCACAAGAUGAUGAUUCUGAAUGGGCUGAAAGAGAACCGUUGAGAAAAGAAACUUUUGAAGGUCAUUUAUUUAGAUGGAUCUUAGAUUGUGGUCAAGAAAGAAUUAUGUUGGAAGCACAUAGAUUUGAUCCAGAUAAUGGAAAUUGGAAACCAGUAGGAAAUCCUAGAAAUAUUCUUCCGGAAAGUCAUAUUGAAAAAGAAGAAGUUGAUCCAAUUUUCGUAGUGCAAUGUAAACUUUUAAAUAACGAAGAUUUAGCAAUUAUUACUCCCAUGGGAUUAUUCAUCUGGACGGUACUACCAAGUAAAGGUAUUCGACUACUUUACUUCUGGGGAGAUACCGAAAUUACUUAUAGAAAAUCUUAUCUCGGCGUGGCCAUAAUUCUUAAUAAAAUUCAAAAUUAUAAAUUAGUUUUUACUGGUCAUACACUUCCUCCACCAGAUUUUGAUCAUAUUCUUAAUAGUUAUGAAAGAUUCGAAAUUGGUAGAGAUGCUGGUAAAACUUAUCCAUUUCGUGAAUUAUUAUUGGAUUAUAUUGAAGUUCAUGCAUUAUUAGCUUAUCAUGGAGAACUUCUUCUCAAACGAAUGAUUUUUAAUCACAAAGAUAAUUGGAUUGAAAUGUUAUGUGAUGAAUGUGUUAAAAAAUAUCUUGACGAUUUUAUUCAAUUGGGUUUUUUAAGUAUUAUCAUAGCUUCUUUUCCUCCUUUAUGUCAACGUCACCCUUCCUUUGUGAACAAAUUUAUGGCAAAAACUGCUUUAGAAAUACCUCUCUUUACGAGAGAUGAGGUGAUAAAUAAUUUAUCAACUGCUUCUCAUUUACAAGCUUGCAAAUCAGAAAUUCAAAUUUAUGAAGCUUCUCAUAUUUCCCGAGUUUUAAAAUACAUACAAUCCGCUUCUAGUAAUUUUGCCAAAAAUCAUCCUUACUAUCAUGUUUUUUUCACCGCUCUUUUUAUCCCUUAUUGGCCAUUUUUAAUUUAUCAAUUUUAUCAAAAAGCUUAUAAUCCAGAUUUAUAUUUUCAACCUACAAUUACCCUUGCAAUUCCUAUGCCCAAAUAUGCCACUUAUCCCAAAAAUACCAGAGGAUGUUGGGAUUUCAUUUACCCUAUCAAAAGUCCUUUUAAUAAUCUCGCCACUGCAAAUGAAGUUUAUAAAUGGUGGAAUGGUGAAGCAUUAUUAAAUUUUAAGUGGAAUACUUAUGGAAAAUAUUAUUAUUAUUCUUUGUGGCUUCUUUACACUAUAUUUCUCGCGAGUUUUGCAAUUGUGGCGACGAUUCCUGGAGAUAUUUUAGAUUGGAAUGUGGCAAAAGGUUUAUUAAUCACAACUAUUGCAUUAUCAGGUUUACAUUUGUUAUUAGAGAUUAGGCAAUUUACUAUUAUUCCCAAAACUUAUAUUACAAAUUUUUGGAAUUUUUUUGAUAUUGCUGCUUUUUUACUUCCAAUGAUUUCAUCAAUAUUCUGGCUACAAGAAAAAGAAAUGCCUGUAGGGAUUGUAACACUUUCAAUCUUGAUGUUGGAAGUUAAAUUCUUACUUUUCUUUCGAGCCAUCAGAUUUUUCGGUGUAUACUUUGCCAUCAUUCUCGGGGCAGGCGCUCGUGUCUUCUCAUUUCUAUUAAUUCUUGGUAUAAUUGUAAUAGCAUUCGCUCACUCUUUACAUUUAUUAUUAAGACCCGCGGAAUCAAUAUCUUUGUCUACUCCAACUUAUAAUGACGAUCCAAAUAAUCCUUGGAAUAUGGUUGACACAAUGUAUUCCACUACUUCAAAUGGUACAAUAAGUGAUAGUGCAGUUUUGACUACUUUGCCUGGUUAUGAUACUAAUCUGUUUAUGGAUAUGGAGACAUCACUUUUAGCCGUUUAUCUUAUGUUAAAUGGUAGAGCCAUAGACGCAAAAAAUAAUCAUGAAGCCUAUUUGCAACAAAAAGCUGAGAUUGAAUUGGUUUAUUUGUUUCCUCACCAAAGAAGAUCGAAAAGUUGGUUCCCUGAAUUGAUUUACUACGAGGCGCACGUCGAUCAAGUCCGUAAAACAGUUCGUCAAGUGACAGCUGGUGACGCGACCACUGGUGGUGAACUACCUCGUCUCUCACCUCAACUUUUGAGAUUGCUUGAAAUGAAUGAAGCAGAAUCAAAAUCACAAGAGAAACGUCGAAUAAAAGAAGAGGAACGAGAAAAGAUUGAUAAGAUGUUAGAAACCAUUGAAAAGCUAAAGGUGUUGUUACCUCAAGUACAAGAAGCUACCGAAAAUGCAAGUUAA